CGCGAGCAAAUGCGGACGUCCACGUCACCGCUUGCCUUUCAGAAUCUGCUGACGAGUGCUCGCGUACGGAAGCCCAUCUUUGGUGGCACUGCGGACGCUUGUGAGCUACAAUAUCGUGCUCUUUUCGAAAUGCCAGAGGAGUUGGCGGCGUACUUACGCGACGUGCAAGAGCUCUUGCGGUCUGCCUAUGAAAAGCGGGAGUUCUUCCGCACGACCGGUGGAGCGACAGUGGAUAGUUUGGAUUUCGUACUGCAUGUGCUGAAGCAGCGGCUGCCACAGCACGUGCCUUUGCGUGACCGGUUGAUUCAAACCGCGUUUGAGCUAGGCCUUAUUGAAAGUUUGGGCAUUGAUGAGAGCUUUACAGAACGUAAAAGAGCGCAAAUACGUACUGAGCGCGUG